AGAUGGGAGCGCACAUCUGCACUCCAGUGAGGCGUGGUCGCUCACAACUGACAGGUGGCCCAGGAUCUGCUUUUUCUCCUGCACAUCAGCGCAUUUAUACAACUGCAGCAAGAUGCCAAAGUGCCCAAAGUGCCAGAAGGAGGUUUACUUCGCUGAGAGAGUGACGUCACUAGGUAAGGACUGGCACAGGCCAUGUCUGAAGUGUGACAAGUGCAACAAGACGCUGUCGGCUGGCUCACAUGCGGAGCAUGAAGGCAAGCCAUACUGUAACAACCCAUGCUACGCUGCAAUGUUUGGACCUAAAGGAUUUGGGCGUGGAGGUGCUGAGAGCCACACCUACAAAUAGACAGGGUGAGGCAUCGCAGUGAAGAAGCUUUGUGGAAAUAAGAUCGAAGAAACCAAACCUCUCAGACGAUGGAAAACCUCCAAACAAAUAAUUAAUUUCCAUGCAGGAACCAAUUUGAAUUUAUUUGCUUUUGUUUUACCUGUUUUGGACCAUUUUUUUAUGAAGUAAUUUCAUGUUGAGUUAUGGGGACAUUGUCUUUUGGCUCCAGCUUGUCUGAUUAAACAUUUUAUGAAA